GCGUUGUUCCCAGCCUGCACUGCCAGUGGGCUUCCUUAUUCUCCCCUUCAAAUGGAUAGUCCGGGCGACUGACCACGUCUCGCCUUCACCAACGAGUCCUAGUCAUGGACAACUUGGCAGCGUCUGGCUGUGACCCGCGCCCGAACCCCAAUACCGACAUUAGCGGGAUAGGAGUCAGGGUCGCGUUUUACUUGCAAUGCUUUCUACUUCUGAUACGUGCACAAUGGGCCAAACACGCAGAGGACUUCGACGAGGCGAUUUUAUCGCUCGAGAUAACCAACAUGCUGUAUUGCGCGGUGACGUUGAUUAUGGGUUUUGUGCCGAACUCGACGAUCUCGCUUUAUGACGGUCUGGUGAUCUGUUACCUGCUUGGCAGCGCCUUGUUCGUCAGCCAUCAAGUCUCUCAUACAGUCACGUCAAGCGGCCGUCGGUCGAAGGUCUCAGCUGCCCAAUCUUUCAUCGUCUUCGCCACACUAGCCAUCAUAUUGUUCACCGCGGCCUCAUUCGGGUCUAACGCGCAAUGCAACUCCGAGAUCAUGCUCUCGCUGUUCAUUGGUGUCAAGCUCUUCGAUAAAGGGCGGGAGUUGUUGCUCUUUGCCCUCGCCCUGGCCAUAGGGAGCUACACGACUUCUUUGUUCCGAGCGAACCAUGCCAAUCGCGCUCGGCACCACGUAUGGAAGAUCGUUUCCGCCCUGGUCUUCCUAAGCUUCCUCCUCAACACCGAGCUUCUCAGAUUGUACAACCAUGUGCAGCCCGAAGAUCUGAGCAUGGGCUGGGGCCAGGCUAUCGCCUUGCUCACCACCUUGUUUCCACUCAAGAGCGCCGCGUCUGCCUUCGGGAUUCUCGCGUACGUGAAGAGAUUUCUCAACCGGCCCUCACGGGUAUCGCAGACUGUGAGGCUUGAGGGUGGCGAUAGACGCCUCACCGCUCGGGAGGACAUCAUGACCGGCACUCGCUCUGAUGGUUUGAAUAUCUCCGCCAUCUCACAACUGUACGAGUACAUGCAACAACGGGACGGCCAUACUGCCAACCUCAAAUGGGAAGCAGAUCGAACAGGGCCAGAUCAUGCGCCGCAAUGGAUAGCAAAUUGGUAUGUCGAUGGCGAGGCCCAUGGUAGGGGCGAAGGCAGCACGAAGAAGGCCGCGCAGGACUUUGCUGCACGAGAAACCUUGCGAAUGCUUCGGAGCGAUGACCCUCACAGUCUCGACGCCGUGUAAAGCGUCUCGCGUUCACCAAUGCGUCUCAUAGCUUGCUUAGUCCUAGGCUCUCAAAGCCUCUAUCGGAUGUCUUGUUACAC